CUUACACAUGUCACACAUAUCACAUCACGUAUAUAUACAUUAUGUAUUACAUAUACAUUCAUAUAUGUAUUUGAUUGACGUAUUUGUAUUCGAUAUAUUUGAUUGACGUAUUCAUAUUCGAUAUAUUUGAUUGACAUAUUCGCCAGAACGUGCAUCUACAGCGACCCUAUCAUAACAGGCUUAAUAUGUUGAACACCACAGUUUUGUGAUUUUCAAAUUAAACCACAUGUGUGUCGACAAAACUAUUCACUGUUAUUUGCUUUAAUCGAAAAUGUUUUAAAUAGAAAGUUCAUCAUAGAUAUUACAAGAUACUACAAGAUACUACAUACUACUAGAUACUACAAGACUAACGUGGCUAACGUGGUAUUGAACGUGUUGAAAUAAUCAUCGAUCGCGUGUCAGUUUUCCGUACAAUCAUUCGAAUGACGUAGUAUAUACUCCGCCACUUGUUAUUAAUUCCCGCGUUCUAGAUAUCGUGUUUCACUUUUGUCCGCGUGUCGAUCGUCUCUGAUCGCCACGCCACUUCAACAACAACAGAGCGCUUCGGACACGAUCUCGCGUAUCCCGUGAGUUAACAGGCGUCGUUAUUAAUUUCCCACGCGCGCGUGUUACAAUUUUGGACUUAAACGCGGAACACGUACGAUGAGAACGCGUUGAUCCUUGUCGCGAGCGUGCAGCGCGGUGUGAAACUGUCUUCGUUGCGCGCGCAACGCGUGCUGUUGACCCAUCGUCAUGGCAACCGUGCGACGAGUCUACACUCGUCCAAGGUGGAUGGACUGCGGCCUGACGCGACCGAACAGAAGUCAGUGCACGCGCGGACGUCAAGCCGUAUGUUCAUGUUCUCUCUGUGCGAAAUCGGAGUGACGUUUGACUUUGCCCGCGUCGUUCGUACUGCCGGUUUAGAGUGCUUGUGUUUUCUGUAUCACUGGACGAGAGGGGGAUCCUUAAGACCGGCAUUCAUCGUGGCUAGACAGAUCAUGGAGUGACUGUUCGUCGAUCGCACAAAUAAGGUAAGAAGCUAUUUUAACUGAAAAAUCCAGUCAUUUAAGACAGAGGAUUGGAGACGCUCGUUGUCAAAUAUCGGACCAGGCCAUCAUGGACGUUGAGGCAGCUCUGCUGGAGAACUCUCCAACACUGUCGACGAUCUCGUCGGAUUGCACCGACACCACAUAUUCCGGACCCGGCUCGCCCUAUUCCCCGGAAUCGCCGAUCAUCGUCACCUCCUCGUACAAGAAGACAAAGGAUGACGAGAUCACGCCUAGACCGACGCCCAGGCACCCGCUACCGCCCCGGAAGCCCAACUUCCGGAUACGACCGCCCUACCUUAUGAUCUGCAUCAGCAUCAUAGAGAUAGCCGUUCACUGCCUGGGAGACGAGGCGACGUUGCGCAGGUGGUUGGUCUACGAUCCACGUCAGAGGGUGCAGGGUUGGAGGUUCGUCUCGUACAUGCUGCUGCACUCGAACGCGCUGCACCUUGCGUUGAACGUAGUCAUCCAACUGGUGCUCGCCACUCCGCUCGAGGUGGAACAGGGUCGAAUAGGGGUGGCAACGAUCUACUUAGGAGGUGGUGUUUGCGGAGCCCUUGGAGCAUCUCUUCUUCAACCGAGCCUCUUCUUGGUCGGCGCUUCUGCGGGUGUCUAUGCUUUACUUACCAGUCACCUGGCGCAUCUUUACCUGUGUCACGGAGAACUCCGCUACGCCGGCUGGCGUCUAGGUGCCGUGUUACUCUUAGCAAGCGCAGACGUGGCGUCACUUCCAAUUCCAGCACUGCUCGGUUGCGGUAGAGUCGGUUGGGCAGCUCACGUGGCUGGCGCCCUGGCAGGGCCACUCCUAGGCCUGGCAGUGUUCCCGAAUCAAAGCAAGAAAGACGCUAGAGGACGAAGAUUCGUGAGGUUCGUGCGACUUCUAAGCGCGAUCAGCGUGAUGCUGCUCGUGGUCGGCGCUAUUUUGGGAAACAUCUACGUGAUCGCGUUGCCACAGCUCAGGAAGCCCUCCUGACAGAGGAUCGAGCUGCUCGUCAAGCUCUGCAGACGGUCCUUCCUCAUCGUCAAGAUCAGGGAGGCCGCCGAGAGCGUUUUCGAGUAGGAAAUCGCGCAACUCGCUGGCAAUGGGAAAAUUUUUACGACGUUGCUCGGACCCAGGGAAAGAAACGAUCGUCGUGGAAGUUGGGAUCGCGUGAAAUUAUGAGAAAAGAAAAAAGAAAAAAAAAAGAAGAAAAAUGAACAGAAUUGGAAGAUAACGUUAAAGACGAAGAACUUUCGAAAUUAAAAAUUUCUUGAAUUUGGAAGCAUAAAAUAAUAUGGAAUUGUAAAUGGAACUGAAAAGCAUCGUUGAAAAAAUAUGUUGGCGAACGUAUUACGGUGACGUGAGAAUUUGUAGAUUGGUAUUGCGAUACGCGCGGAAGAAAAAUUGUUGUUCGAACUGCGCAAAUGGGUGAACAAUUAGAUGGAAGGAAAAGUAAGACGUUGGAUAUAAAUGAAACGGAAGAGAAAAGCAUCGUACACUGUUAAAGGGCAAGUGGUGGAUGUACAACGUGGGCGUAAAUCGAUUGGAGCAGCUACUCGCAGACUGUUGCUGCGAUACGCGUGGAAGAACAAAUUUUGUAAACCGUGCAAGUGGGUAAACAAUUAGAUGAAGAGAAGAAUAAGAAGCUCGUGGAAGGUAUCACGAUUGAAGACUAUUUGCAAAUCGUUGUUGCGAUACGCAUGGAAGAAGAGAUGCUUCGAACUGUUCAGUUGAGUGAAUAAUUAAGUUGAAGGAGUAGAAGGCUUCUUAUUUGCAGCGAUUGUCGGAUAUGAAAUUGAGAAGAAGAAAAUUGAAGAUGGAAGGGAAUGCAUCCAUCGAAGCAAGAAGAAAGCGGAAGAGGGACAAAGAUAUAUGUACGUUAAUCUUAUUAAGAACUUGGCUAAACUUAGAGUUUAUCAAGCCGAGAAAAGCGUGCGUUUAAUUACGAAAGGAGAAAGACUUUCCGCAACAAAUAUUUAAAUAUUUAAGGGAACUAAAAUCGCUGAGGAAUUAAACCCGAGUAAACGGUCCAGCGAUUUCUAUCGAAAUAAUAUUUACCUUUACCGAAACUGCCAGAAGAGAACCACUCACCGAAUGAAUCGCCUAAAAUAGAUAAAAAUAAAAAUAAAGAAAAAGCAAGAUCGAUCGAUCAACCAAAAAAAAAAAAUAAAUAAAUAAAUAAAUAAGUAAAUAAAUAUAAAAAGCGAGAGCAAUCUAAACCAAUCUUAGGGAGAGAAAGAAGGAAGAAAAUUGCCUGAAAUUCCAGCUGGCUCGAUUCAAGUUUCUUCGACUGUAUCGACAGGAAUGAUCAAGGGUCUCCUUUUCGGAAGAACUAUAGCAUCCUGUCUGCGUUUAGUAUACUUCUCUGCAAGGUCUAGCCGUUCUUCAAUUUCUGCCUGAUGUAUUCGGCUAGCGGGAAGGAGCAGAAAGAUAUUCUGAAAAUUUACGUUGGCCAAGCUGUCUCUAAUCGUGGGAUUACGAGAGGUCGUUGCUCGUGACCAACGUUCGUUCCAACGGCUGACGAAUCGACGUCGUUUCGACGAAGAAUGGACGCGUCGUAUAAAUCGCUUAUAUCGCGAUUCUUUAUUACACUCAUCAAUGUUAAGACGCCAAGAUGAAUAGGAAACUUCGACUUGACGCUUUUUGGUGUUUGUUUGGAUGAAAGCGGAGGAGCUAGAUUCUGAAAAAGGCGUAGAAUUCUAUUUAAAGAUGGAUGUAGAACUCUCGAUUGUACACCUUCGACGAUUGAAAAGAAGCUAGGAGAAGGAAUUGAUGGGAUUGGGAUUGUUUAACGGUGAACUUUUAAUUGCACCCUCGACGAACGGAGAAAAGAUAGAAAGAAGAAAUUGAAAGAGUUGCACCGUAUAAUGACGGAAUCGGUAAGUUUGACCGUGUGUUUGAUAAAUAGCAGAAUGUUGAAAGUAGAGAUUAAGGAAACUACUGAUUUGGUUCUUCGAUAAUGCGUUCCAUGUGAAACGAUGGAUUUGGUUGUUCAACUUUAGACCUUAACUUUCAACGAAGGAGGAAUAAAUUGAAAGGAGAAAUUGAAGGGAAUAGAUCGUCGGGAGUUAAAACUUGGUGAUAUAGUUUCAAUUUACUUCAGUUCCUAGGUGGAUGAAGAACAGAUUGAAAUCGGAAGUUAGACAGUGUUCAAUAAUGAGUGUGAUCGAUAAUAAUAAAAUACUCUUCGCUGGUUACUCAGUGGCUAUGCAAAAAAGAUUGGACGAAAGUUGAAGAAAAUAGACUAUUGGAAAAUAAAUUUCAAUAUAUAAUUUCAAUUUUCUUUUUAGUUCUGGAUGGAUGAAAAAAAGAUUAAAAACAAAGGUCGAAGAAAACAGACUAUUCAAAGAUAAACUGAUACGAACGUUCGACCUUAGCCCUUGGUAGAUAAAGGAAAAGUUAAAAGCAUAGCUUUUCACACUUUUGCUGCACAUUUAGCGGACGAAGAAAACGUGAAACGUUCGUCUUUCUUAGGCAAAAGAAACGAUAGAAGGAAAAGUCAAAAAGAUUAAAGAAGUUGGACUUCUUAAAGAUCGUUGUAGAACUUUAAACUGUACUUGAUGUAAAGAGAAACUGUACAAUCGAGUGGAGAAUCAAAGGUAUGAAUCUUGUUUUGUGUUCUCGUUCGACGAAACGGUGAGUGAAAGACUGAUUCGUGAAAGUUCGAAGGUUAGAGAGAAAGAAGAGCGUUUAAUAGGUGGAUAAGAUGAUUUUGUUGAAUCGAAGCGUUCAGGACAAUGGCACGAGAACUGUAGCGAAUGAAGUCGAUCGGCAGAUAGUUGCCGAGGCGACGACUGUACAAUUGACUAGUAGUAAGCCUGAAAUCCGUUGAUUGGUAACGUAUUGGUAGACCGUUGUUCCUGGUGGCACGAAAAUCGAUGAACAAGAGAGACAUUAUGCGGCGCGUACUUUUCCAAAAAAGUUGUUUUUCAAGUUCACUUCAUUUAUGGUCAUCGAAUAAUUUCUCAAUCAAGAAAUACCUGUUGUAAUUUCCUAGCUUUUUCCCUAUUUUCUUUCUUUUUUUUUUUUUUUUUUUUUUCAUUGUCAAAGAAUCCUUAAAUCCUGAAGCUUUAAGAUGAAAACAGAGUUUCCUGUAAAGACAAUUUUCCUCCAUAAAUUAUGUAUUUUACUCUUGCAAAUUUGCUAUCAAAAAGUGAUACUUUCACGAUUAUAGAAAGGUGUCUUGUAAUUGCUAAUUGAGAGCAAAGAUUUAUUUCUAAACAGCUAAUUUUAAUCAAUUUUGAUCAAUCGCGUUUAGAACGAUUUAAUAAUUGUCCUUCAUACUUGAACAUCUACUAUUAGAAAUGUCUUUAAUUCAACAAUUUUAUUAUCUUGGCGAUUUGAAAAUGAACGUUCGUUGAUUUUUGUAAGUAUCCAGGAAUAAAUAGGGAUAAUUAGUUGAUAAGGAUGUUCUAAGAUAAUUCUUCGCUAUAAAGUACCGAUUAAAGUAACGAUAAGUCGAGUAUUCGUUAUUUAAAAAGCGGCUGCGAACGACGAAUUCCUCUUAUCACUCUUUUUUCCCAGCCGAUACCGUGGAUGAAACCGGGAGAGAAAAUUGCGCGACUCGAGAAAUGCAUUUCACGAUCCCUCGAUUCGUCGUCCCAACGAUGCGUUUUCCCGUUAAGGUGGAUGGUCGUCGAGUCGAGGACGUCGUUGUCGUCAAAGAUGACGCGUCGCGGAACGACCUGAUUUCCUUCUGAAAAAUCGCACGACUACCAUUCGAAAGUUAUAUGUCUCGAUCUACUAUAAUUUUUCACGUUCAAAUCGUUUUAUAUUCAAAAAUUUAUUUCCUCUUAUCUAUCUGUGGUUUUCUUUGCUUUCGAGUUUCUGAAUAUUAUAUCGUAGAUUUACACGCGUGAAUUUUAAUUGAAACGCAAUUUUAAUUGUCCAAAGUAUUCUCCCAAUAUUCGUCCGAUUUCUUGAACUUUCCUUAGACUUGGUCUUUAUACAUUUUCAUCUUCGAUUUUCAUUAUGUAUUUUCAUCUGUCGUAGUUGCUAGAUCAGAUUUACUUCUCGCGCUUUUUCAAGUACUUUUCGUGCGCAUUCUAUUUACCCCCUUUGCGCUCCGAUUCUCUCAUUUGAUUAUCGCUACGUUAAAAUGUUGCUCGUCUGUCUCAGAAAGCAAAUGUAUUCUCGAUUCAAAAAUCUGGACGUAGUCUUUUACGUAAAUCCAUAAAUAAAUUGCCACUUUGCAUCUGUUAUCGCUCGUAUAAUACUCACGAGCCUGAAUUCGAGGAAGUUCUCCUAAAAUAUGCUUAAGGACAUGGCCCAAGUUUCCCAAAACUCAAAAUCAACUUUCAAAAUUAACUUUCUAAACUUCCAAAUUUACAAACACUGCCAGUGUUCCGUCCCCCUAUAAUGGAAGAUUUCUCGAUUUUUAAUAUUUUUAUGAUUUACUACAAAUAAUAGAGAUAGUAAUUCUAUCGUAGAGUUAAUAUUGAUUUUUAUAUAAUGUGAUACUAUAAAGAAAAGAGAAAGAGACGAAUGAAAAGACAGGAGGAGAUGGCAUUUCGUCCUGGAGCUACUAAUGGACUCAUUAGUAAGGUUUCCCAGGAGGCUCGUGCCUUAGACACGAGGACAGUACGACGGAGGUGACACACCGCGCUCCUCUGACGAUUCAGAGGACGCAUUUGCAUGAACAGGAUGCUUAGGCGACGAAUUUCACAGAAUUGCCCUGUUGCCACGAAUUUCUCUGAUGGCGAAUGUACGAGGGCCACCGCAAUACAGUUUCCCAACUGACCGCUAUUUUCCCUCGAUAAUGAAUCACUCGUGUCUUCUUCUUCCUCGUCCUCUACGAUUCUUCAUCUAUAAUACGAAUACUCGAUAGAAAUUGACUGAUUUUUCUCGACUAUCCAAAACUUUAAACCAUCUUGCACGUUGCAUUGUGUAAAAGAAAUAAUUUUAUUAAUACACUGCCCAUAUCUAUGAUCUUCGCCACACGGAUAUAUUUAUUCACUCCACCGUGGUCCAAUAUAUUAAAAGAUGAAACAAAUCUCUUUAAUGAUUAAUUUAAAUUGAUAUUUAAAUUAAGAACCCUGGGAUUCUCCUUCUUCGGUCGUGUUCAUAAAACUACGAGUUUGCCUAAAUAUCCACCAAAAGAGCAAGGAGUAUUCAGCUUGUCGUAAUCUUAGGGACGUUUCAAUUUCUAUAAACUUAGUACAAUUGGCGAAUUUCAGCUGAAUCGCUGCAAUUUCUUUUCGUAAUAAACAAUGUUAUUGAUACACUGCCCAUAUCGAUGAUCUUCGCCACACAGAUAUAUUUAUUCACUCCGCUGUGGUUCAACAUAUUAAAAGAUGAAAGAAAUCUCUUUAAUGAUUAAUUUAAAUUAAGAAUCCUGGAAUUUUGUUUCUUCGGUCGUGUUCAGGAAACUACGAGUUUGCUUAAAUAUCCACCAAAAGAGCAAGGAGUAUUCAGCUUGUCGUAAUCUUAGGGAUGUUUCAAUUUCUAUAAACUUCGUACAAUUGGCGAAUUUCAGCUAAAUCGCUUUUGUUUCGUAAUAAACAAUGUUAUUGAUACACUGCCCAUAUCAGUGAUCUUCGCCAAACGGAUAUAUUUAUUCCCCAGUUCACUCCGCCGUGGUUCAACAUAUUAAAAGAUGAAACAAAUCUCUUUAGUGAUUAAUUUAAAUUAAGAACCCUGGAAUUUUGUUUCUUCGGUCGUGUUCAUAAAACUACGAGUUUCUUUAAAUAUCCACCAAAGGACCAAGGAGUAUUCAGCUUGUCGUAAUCUUAGGGAUGUUUCAAUUUCUAUAAACUUCGUACAAUUGGCGAAUUUCAGCUAAAUCGCUUUUGUUUCGUAAUAAACAAUGUUAUUGAUACACUGCCCAUAUCAGUGAUCUUCGCCAAACGGAUAUAUUUAUUCCCCAGUUCACUCCGCCGUGGUUCAACAUAUUAAAAGAUGAAACAAAUCUCUUCAAUGAUUAAUUUAAAUUAAGAUUUAAAUUAAGAACCCUGGAAUUUUGUUUCUUCGGUCGUGUUCAUAAAACUACGAAUUUGUCUAAAUAUCCACCAAAGGACCAAGGAGUAUUCAGCUUGUCGUAAUCUUAGGGACGUUUCAAUUUCUAUAAACUUCGUACAAUUGGCGAAUUUCAGCUGAAUCGCUGCAAUUUCUUUUCGUGAUCGUGAUAUUAAGAGAAUACAAAUUUUAUAAUGUAACUUUACCCAAAAAAAUAUUCCAAAUGAGAUAUCGCGUCAACGUUAGCAUUUAAGCUUAAUUUGCUGAUAACCAGAACAAACUAUCUUUUGAAAACUCCCAUCUAGAAAUCAUCAAACCCUUACAACUUCGAGAAUUCGUAAUCAAAAUUAACAUUCCGAAAGCGAAUCUUCGCAUCGCGAUCUGCAACUUGAGUCAUGUCACACAUCCAAAUGAGAGACUUGCUGUCGCAAAGGUGGAGAGAGCGCAAAGGGGUUGACACUCAGCCUGUCCUCGGCAACUUGCAGCCAGAAAUCAGUCGAGUAAUCCUAUCCCACGGAAUCUAUCGGUGAGAGUGUAUCAUUCGCGAGUAUGCGAUGAAAGAAUAGAAGAGACGGCGGAAUAGGGGAAUUUAAUGGAGGUAAACGCGCGCAGAAAAUUCCGAGAAGCGCGGAAACGACGCGUGGGGUGUUCACGCGUACACGAGUGCGAACGUGGGCAGAAUUUCGAACGCGGCUCUUAGUUGUUUCUCCUUGCCCCGCGCUCUUAUCGUGCAUCCUUUCUUUUUCCACGUCGAGAGCAGAAAAAUUAAAAAUCUCCGUUGCCCCGUACGCUUUUACAUUUAUGACGCCGUAAUCUUUAAUUCUACGCGGAAAGUGUUUUUCCGCGAUUCUCGUUUCUAUGAAAAUUCCACGGCAAUUUUACCUCUUGUCUUGCAACGUCAAGUCAUAAACUAUACGAGAAUUACAGAUUUGAUUCAACAAGAAAAGGUUUCGUAAUGUUUGAAACCAUGGAUAGUUGAGAUUUUCAUUUUGGUCUGAAACCUGCAGAUUGUGGAAAUUGUGAAUUUAUUUUUUAUCGAUAGAUGUUGUUAAGAUGUUGCGUUGGUAUGGACAAUUAUGUUAACCUGAGACAAUUUUUGAUGGAAAAAAAACACAAUUUAUUAAGUUAUUAUAAUUCGAAUUAUUAAGAUCGUAAGGGAUUGUAAGGGGUUAAACUAUAGUGAUUGCACUUUUAUCGGUUAAUUAACCCUCUAUAACCAUCGCUUGUUUUGUUCUUUUUAGUUUUCGUAUAUGAUAAAAGAGGUUACAGUUAAUCGUUGAAUUUUUGUUUUAAUGUAAUAAUCAGAGGCUAAGAAUUAUUAUUAAUAAAUUGUUUAACAGUCGUUUUCUAAGAUGAUCGUUUGAUGGCUUAAGGAAAGCUUAGAACGGCUUAGAGUAAGAUUUAGAGAGUGUAGGUAUACGAAUAAAUAACUUUUGAGUCUCAAUUUUACGAUGUUAUAGAGGGUCGAAGGAAUUUAAUUAGUGUUAUCUGUAAUUGUUACGUUUGACAAUGGAAUUUUUGGCAAAGGAAUUGUGCGAUGGAAGAGGAUAAUUACUGUGAUCGGUAAUGGAAAAUUCGUUCGAGGAAUUGGCUAAUUAAUCGAAGUACGCGUGUGAUAGAAGAAAAAUGGGAAGAGAAAGUAAUUAUUAUCACCGACUAUUUUACUAAAAAUAAUCGACGGACUAAGAAAACGACUCGUAGUUGAACUUUCAGGCAACAAAUUGCCCGUCGACCAAUUCUUGUGCAAUAGAACAUGGACAGAGAAAAGGGGAUGAAAGGAUCAGAUCUUUGAAGGCUGUUAGAGGAUAAGAAGCGCUGUUAAAAUGCUCUUCCUUGGAUUCUUUUCAUCAAAUCCAGAAAACGUAUCGUAGAUUUUCAAGAAUUCCGAUUUUCAACCAAUUCGAAGCAAAAAGAGCCGAGACGAGAAAAGAAUUUCCGCGUCUCUAACGAAAAGAAACUAAAAGUUGGUGAAUUUAAGUGGAAAAUCUUCGAUAAAACGUCUAAUUAAUUUUGUUAGAAGCUCGUUGAGAAUUUUAAACGGUGGAAAAGUAAAUGGAAGAUGUUGAAAACCGGCAGGAUACGAACGAUAAAAAGGAAUCCAAGCUUCUCGGGCAAAUGAAAAGAAUAUUCUCUAUUCGAGAGCCCGAUUUAUAGUUUAAUCGCGUUUCCUUUGGUUAAGCCGCGACGAUGCAUUAACGAUGCUGCCAAAACCGGAAAACAAUACAUUUAUAACUAUACGUAGUACUUACUCGAUAGUAAAGUAGCGCGCCGAAUCGUGUUCAGAUUACCCACAAAUUUUCCAAAAUUCAUUUUUUCGUAUUUACGCCUCGAUGCAACGUGCGAUCGAUGAUACAAAAUUCGUAAGACAAAUUUUUCAAAUAUUUUCAUCGACUAACAAUUUAUCCGAGUGCACUGAUUUUAUUCCCACGUAUUAUUAAAGAUAAGAGAAGAAGUGGCUGCUCCAUUAGACAAUAAGAUUUACGCCCAAGAUAUUUUUGUUCUUUCGUUAUUCAAAUAAUAUUAUUCAGGAAAAUAAUCUUUUAAGGAGAUAAAAGAACGUCGAAUCAAGAAGCGGAAAGAUCUCAAGAACGUUUGUAAAAUCAACCGCUUUUGAUCUUAAUUUUCACUGACGAUUAUUUGUGGGCAAUCCGAAUGGAAGAAGAUGUGUUCUCUCCGGCAAUUUAGUCGAUCACUGUACCUAUGUAUUUGUUUAUCGAUAUUAUUAUACACUUACAGAUAUACAGACAGGUAUACAGACACACACGAGGCGAACUGGCUGUGAUUAUGUUAGUGUUACGAAACCUACGUCGACACGAUUAAUAAUUAUAAUAAUAAUAAUAAUAAUAGUAAUGAUAAUACGAAUAUAUCUGUAAAUACAACCGACUAAUUGGAUAUAAAUAUAAAUACGAUUAUAUACGCUGUGAUUUGAUCACGGGCAUAUUUAACGGAGGGUUGUCACCUUUCCACUGUGUAUCGAAACAAUCGAUUGCCUGCAAUAAAGUCGAAAUCGUUCCACGGUUCCCGUAA